ACAAAUUCCAUUAUACCCACGGUUAUGCAUACUUCUACGGAUUUAGCUGUUGUCAAUGUAACGGGCUGUGCCCCUCAUUUGACAAAUGUUUCCCUAUCACCACCUCCCCAUUUGAAACGGCGUAAUGCUCCUAGUUUAAAUCAUUCCACUACCAAUAAUCAACAACAGCAGCAGCAACAUCAUCAUCCAACAAUUCAGGAAGAAAUAGCGUCGGCCAAUGAAGAUGCCGAUAAAGUUAAUUCGCCCCUAGUAAAACCUCCUUAUUCAUAUAUUGCUCUUAUCACAAUGGCCAUUUUGCAAUCACCACAAAAGAAAUUAACUUUAAGCGGAAUAUGUGAUUUUAUAAUGUCAAGAUUCGCCUAUUACAAAGACAAAUUUCCAGCGUGGCAAAAUUCCAUACGUCAUAACCUCAGCCUAAACGACUGCUUUAUUAAGGUUCCUCGAGAGCCCGGUAAUCCUGGCAAGGGUAAUUUUUGGACUCUCGACCCGCUGGCCGAAGACAUGUUUGACAACGGCAGUUUCUUGCGACGGCGAAAACGCUAUAAAAGAGCACCGGCCAUACAAAGAUUUCCAUUUACUAGUGUGUUUGGAACGUUAUCACCGUUUUGGAUACGUAAACCUGUACCAUUAGUGCCGGUACAUUUCAAUGUUCCCAACUUUGGCAGUAAUCGUGAGUGUUUCGAUAUGUUGCAUGCACCGGUGACUGAUGUUUUUGAUACGAACACUUUAAGGGGAGCAGAAAAGAAAUUUAACUUUUUCGCCAAUACUGAUCUAUCAAUGUAUCCCAAUAACAAUGAUAAAUUUGAGGCUUUCACUCAAAGUUCUGCGAUGGCAGCAGAACGUAUGCAGAGUGGAGUGUUAAAUUUGAAUGGAACAAGUGAACUGGAUAAAAUGAAACUGUAUGCUUUUGGAGCAAUGCCACCAAGUACUGAUGAAAAUGGUUUUAAUAGCACACAUCUACAACAGCAACAAUACGAAAGAACCCACAGUUCACAAGAUUCUGAAGACUCUGAUGAUGAUCGCAUCGAUAUAGAAAGUCCUGAUGAACAAGAUUCUCAUAUUUCCGACUCCAUAGAAAGUCUCAGUACAACACGUUUAGAUGUACAAGGUGAAACGGAAGAUUUAAGUCAUAAAACGGAUAUCAAACAAAAUCUUAAAGAUGCUUCCUCAUGUAUAUUACUUUUUAACAAUUAUGACUCACUAACCAACUCGUUAAAUGUCAAAACAAAUGCCCGUCCAACUAAAAAUGAUCAUGAGCUAACGAAAACGCGUCUUUUAUCCCCGCCUCAAAAUAUUAAAGAUGCGGAACAAUUUAAAAGCACCACCCUACUACCUUUUGACUAUGAACAUGCUCGUUCCACUAAGCACAGUAGUACAAGAGACUUUCGUAUCGAAACAUUAAUAGGAAAUGGAGAUACCGCGACGUCUGCCAAUGCGGCACGUGAUUGAAAAUGUAUUUUCAAACACUUUUCUUCUGUAAAUAGAUGAAUGUAGUAAUUUAAGAGGCCGGUACUAUAAUGCAACAACUACGUCACUAUUUUUCUUCUGGUAAUUUUAAUUUUCAUUAUUUUUUUUAACGAGACCAAUUGUGGCAACACAGUUUAUGGAAAAACGAUAAAAUAAUGAAAAUAAGAAAUCGUUAUUAUUGUAAAUGUUCUUAAUUGUCAAACAAAAUCGAAAAAAAAAAAACAAGAGAAACUUUUUAAAA